AUGAGUACUUUGCCUCCUGUGCUGAUACAGUGUCCAAAGAGAUAUCCCAGCCUCGUAGAGCAGAUGGAUUGCCCUUCAAUAAAACUUGCAAGGAUUCAUUUGAUCAAAGACAAAGAUGCCAUAGAUCAUUAUUUGGCGAUGAAUAUCAAAGGGUUGUCAAAACAAGAGGCUGCUGCUUACAGGAAUUCAUACAAGAAGAACAUCUGCAUAGACAUGCUGCGACAGGGUUAUCACAAGUCCUUCUCUGAGCUCUUCACUCUGAUACAGAAGUGGAAUGCCUUGAGGGAGGCUGCAGGGCCUGGGUCAGCCAUAUGGCAGCAGAAGUCCCUGGAGGAGCAGCCUGAUAAGCUGGAUCAGCUUCACCAUUUCCUGACCAGGGCUGAGGCAGCCCAACGAGCAGAGUACUACGAGGAGGUGUACAAUAACCAACUUAAUUUGGCCUACUGCUUCAACAACACUGAGGACAAAUGGUUAAGGAAUUACUUUUAUGAACAAUGUUUUAGCACCGCUCAGCUAAUCAAAAUCGAUGGUGGGAAAAAAGAGGCUGAAGCGCAUGCAAAUAUGGGCCUUGUCAAUGAGGAACAAGGUCAGUUCAUGAAAGCUGCUGAGCAUUAUGAAACAUUCCAUCAAUUGACACUGGGACGGAUGUGGAAUGAUGAGACAGGCCAUACUUACAACUCACUGGCCUGUGAGCAUCUCUGGAGAAUUUACACAUUACUAGCAGACAAAAUGCUAGAAAAUAAAGAACACCAACAGGCCAUCAAAACUCUAAUAAAAGCUUUUGAAAUGGCAAAAAAAGGAGGCGAUAAGAAGAUGGAAGGAGAAGCUGCCUAUUGCUUAGGGCUAGCCUAUCAUUCUGCUGGAGAAGAACAGACAGCAAUAAUAACUCUGAACACCUACAAAGAAAUCUCCACAGAACUGUGUGAUAUUGUUGGCCUAGGUAGAGCAUAUCAAGCUAUAGCCAAGGUCCUGGUAAGUCAGGGAAAAGUGACUGAAGCUAUUGAGUACUUGGAAAAGUUUGUGACAGUUGCCAAGAGUGCUCAGCUAAGCCGAAGUCUAGUGGAUGCAUGCAUAUCCCUUGGAGAUAUUUACAAUGAAAGAGGGAACUAUUAUAAAGCCUGUGAAUAUUUCAAUCAGGCUUUUGAGGCAGCAAACACUCUAACUGACUUGCCCCUGGUGGAUGAAACAAAGGUUUAUUACGGCAUCGCAAAAGGUCAUAACAUGAUGGUGGUAGUUAACAGUCAUACAGACGCUGCAGAUCACGUCAGCAUUGAGUACCUGCUGGCAUGGAAGGAGAACAGAAGUGACAUGUGCACUGACCCUUUUACAGUUGAGCUUGCUAAAGACACAAGUGGUGUUUUGGAGACCAAUGAACUAUUUCUGCAGACCCCAGUUCAAGAACCUCUGUGGUAUAAGAAUUCCAGCUCACUCAGAGAAAAAGCUCUGAACGCUUUUGAUGAAGUCAAGAAGAUCCUUGUUAGAAAACAUGCAGAAAAACUUUUGCAUUUCACCUUGUAA